GCACGGCGAAGCUGAGCACGGGCACCUAGACUGCUUUGCCCUCGGGCCUGCACCUCUGGGACGUGCGGGAAUUGCUUUACCUCAAAAUUAUUAAUUUUUUGGGGGGAAGAAAGAGGGGGCUACUUUCUGCUCCGGGCUCAGGCAGCGGCAAGGCACGGCGGGUUGGCGGAGCGGCGCCCGGGAGGAGGCGAGAGGCGGGGGGACCCCGCCGCUCUGCCGGGCCCUGCCGCUGCCGCUCCUGGGAGAUGUAGUUCGCCGCGCCCGCCCGCCAGCGCCAUGGCGGCCCCGUGAGAGUUUGGAGCAUGUGAGGAGCUGCCGGAUGAAUCACUAAUAUUUUUAUUUCUGCAUCUUCAGAUGCUAAGCCUGAUGCAUGAUGCAGCAGGUCAUGUGUAGUGGUGAGCCUCCAGUGACUGUCCAGAUGGGAAGCAUCAGUUUUGGCUCCCUGAAAUAUGUGCAUUAAAGAAAGCAGCAACAAGAAACAGAUGCUCCUGCCCCGGUCUGUGCCUUUAGAAGUGUGACACUCAUUGGUGCUGGGCGCAGCCUGCUGCGGGACGGACGAUAUCAUCACGCAGCCAAGAUGGUGGCAUUUAACUGGAAGGCUUUGGAGAAUUUCCCAUUGCUGAUGUACAUUUUGGCAGCUAAAACAUUGAUUCUUUGCUUAGCAUUUGCUGGAGUAAAAAUGUACCAGAGCAAAAAAAUUGAAGAAAAACUGAAGAGGGAACGUGAAGAGAAAUUAAAAUCAGAACUAGAGAAGAAAGAUGAUUGAAGAGUCUCUCAGAUUUUCCGGCACUUGGCAGCUUGCAUUGGAUUCCUUUCCUGGGAGAAUGAAGCUUUCCUAUAAAUGAAGGAUGUGUCAAAGGAAUAAAACCUUUAAGAGUAACAUUCGCUUAAACCAUGUCUCAACUUUUUAUAUGUACAGCAAAAUAUCUAAGCCUCUAUUUAUGCAAUAAAAAAUCCUUUGUAAAAAAGAA